UUGGGCAAGACACUGAACCCUAAGUUGCUCCCGAUGACAUGGCAGCUCUACUACCAUUGGUGUGUGAGUGUGUGUGUGUGUGUGUGUGUGUGAAUGGGUGAAUGAGAGCCAAUGUAAAGCAUUUUGUAGAACUGCUAAGGUUAUAAAAAGCACUAUAUAAGUGCAGACCAUCAACCAUUCCAUACCACUUAUCCUACACAGGGUUGCGGGGGAGCCUGGAGCCUAUCACAAGGAAGUCAGGGCACAAGUCAGGGGACACUCUGAACAGAGUGCCAACUCAAUUGAAACACCCAUUCACACACUACGGACAAUUUGGAAAUGCCAGUCAACCUACAACACAUGUCUUUGGACUGGGGGAGGAAACUAGAGUACCUGGAGGAAAACCCCGAAGCAUAGGGAGAACAGCAGUCAAACCCCCAACCCCAGAGGUUCAAGGUAAACGUACUAACCACUAAGUCACCGAUUUCAGCAAUGUAAACUUUAUAUCGAUUGAUUAAACAUCUGAAAUCAUCUGAAACCCUGCUGUCACAGCAGCCCAAUGCAAAGAUGUAUAAAAGGUUAUUUGGUCAUGAGCUGACAAAUUAAAUCAGGUGUGUCACGUGGAGUAAAAUACAAAUAGUCAAAAACGCUCUUCUUGUGAUGCUCUUCUACAGCCACCUAGUGGAGACCCAGAUUUUCCAAAUCGCUUUUCCUUUAGAUUUGGACCUUGCCGGGAACCGUAGUAAAAGCGUCCUUAGCACUGGAACAGACGUUAGCAACCAGCAGCCAUUUGAGUGUUUCUGUCUGCACAGCCUUUUCACUAUAGCAGAUUUGUAUUGCGUGAAGAAAACGUGUCUGGGAUUUUAAUGUUUUAUUAUUGUUGUGAAGAUGACCUCAAAUAACCCAUCCGUUUUUCUUCUUAUGGUCAAUGGGCAAAUCGAAACAGCCAGUUUCCCUGAAUGUGAUGACUUAUAUUGCAAGUAUUGUUUUGUAUAUGGACACGACUGGGCUCCAACAGCAGGACUAGAAGAGGGAAUAUCUCAAAUAACAUCGAAAGGAAGAGAUUCCUCUCAGAGCCUGGUGUGGAACUUCCCCCUGGACAUCACUUUCAAAAGUACCAACCCAUUCGGCUGGCCUAAGGUCGUGGUGAGUGUGUAUGGGCCAGACACAUUCGGAAAUGACGUGGUCCGGGGUUACGGAGCUGUGCAUGUCCCCUUUACCCCUGGAAAACACACAAGGACAAUCCCAAUGUUUGUUCCUGAGUCUACAUCGAGGCUACAGAGAUUCACAAGCUGGUUGAUGGGCAGGCGUCCCGAGUUCACGGAUCCUAAAGUUGUCGCGCAGGGAGAGGGACGAGAAGUAACCAGGGUGCGCUCUCAAGGCUUCGUAACUAUCCAGUUUAACAUUGUUACCAAGGACAUGAAGAAGCUGGGAUAUGACGUCACGUCCACAGAGCAAACACCAGCCACUCACCUGGCAGGAACCUGAUGACAAC